CUUCCAUACCUUGCAGUACUCCCACGUACCCCGUUUGAGAAUCACUAGAUACCGCUCAUUACCCAAAUCUCGCCGGGAGGUUCGAUCUCGCGAUAUCCAGUGGACAAAUCGUUGAACCUGUCGAGUGGAUCCUUACAAUCUGACCACAGGCGGACCUGACUUUCUACACAGCCUCGUACAACCUGAGCAGAUAUGAGCAGCAGGAAAAAGAAGGUGACAAUGAAGUGGCUACAAAAGGCAACCACCCCCACACACCUUCGAGGGAGAGGGGCUACCUCAGUCACACCCACUCGCUGGAAUAUGUUGCCAAAUGAAGAUUCAAAAUCUUUGCCCCUAAGUGAUUCUCCAGGACUUGGUGGACUGGGAACUCUUUGUUUGGACACUCCCAAGAGAAAAGUAGGGGUGCUGGAUGAGAGCGGGUCUUCUGAAGGCAAAGUUAAGCUGAGGAAGCUUUCCAAGAGAAAAUUUGAAAGCUUCCUAACCUCAUCGGAAACACCUGUGGACAACACACCUGAGCAGCUGGAAUCCCUGGAAAGCCCUCAAGUAUCUACACAGCAAUCUCAUCCUUUCAUCCCCAAAAAGAAAGACAGGACACCUGAGGAGGGUUCAAAGGCUAUCUACAGGAACGCAUUGCUUGCAGCCAUUGACAGUACAAGAGAGAGACCCAGCACUUCUGGUAUCCCGAAGACUGACACCAAGAGCCAGUCUUUGACAUUUGAAGCUUCACCACUGACAACUGAAGAGACAAGUCCAGAAUCAUUCAACAGAAUGGUCAUGACCAUGAACUGUUCCCCAGUCAGACUUGAGAGUAGAUAUGAGGACAACUGCACUCUGCAGGACAAUCAGUGGUCUGUCCUGUAUGGGUCUGAGGACGCAAGAGCCCAAACUGACAACUCAGAGUAUGAAACAGAUGGAAGGAGUGUUUUGCUGAACAAGGAAGAUUCAUUUGGUGCUUCAGGUUCUAUGUUUGAAGACACAGCCUCUCAAGAAGAGUUAUUUGCUACAGCAAACGACCAGGAAGUAAAAGACUGUGACUCAUCCCUCCCAAGUCUGAAGUAUAUCCCAGAUUCUGUUAUGUCUUGUCUCACACCUCAUCAGGAAAAUGAUUCUGAAAGCCGACAACAGCAAGGACGAUCAGUGAAUUAUCGUGGAGCCUCAACUUCCUCUCCAGCCUUUCCAUCAAAUGAUGAAGCCACUUGGACCAACCAGGCGCCUGCUGAGCACAUGAGGACAACUUCCUCACUUUUUCAAAGGACAGGCUUUGUCUCAGACAAGUCACCAAAACUGCCAAACACUGGACAUUCAAGUGCACCUAGAGUUGAAACUGAGAAUUCCUGUUCCUGCGACAUUACGGGAUCCUCACCAGACUCCUUUGCUCUGCCACUGUACUCAAGUAGAAGAUCACUUGACAACUCUUACUCAGUCCCUUCAAACAAACGCAGGCAGUCAGAUUAUGGCUCCUACAUGCGUUGCCCCUCUUCCUCUCGUACCCAUGGCUGCAGUCCUACAAAGAGACUAUCCUUGGGGGCUGAACCCAUGUGGACCAGUUUUCCAUACCUCUGGGAUCCAGUUGGUUUUAUUGACACACACUGUCAUAUAGACAUGCUGUAUGGCAAACUUGGCUUCGCUGGGACAUUCAGCAGCUUUCAAAGGAAGUAUCGAAGCAGCUUCCCUCAGGAGUUUAGGGGCUGUAUUACAGAUUUUUGCAACCCAGAGAUCAUGAUGAAGCAGGGCCUGUGGGAAGGUCUGCUUUCAGAAGAUAUGGUAUGGGGGGCAUUUGGGUGCCACCCCCACUUUGCCAAAAAUUACUCAAGUGUCCAUGAACAUAACAUAAUGAUGGCUAUGAGGCAUCCAAAAGCAGUGGCGUUUGGUGAGAUGGGUCUGGACUACUCCCACAAAAACUCAACAGAUUCCUCCAAGCAGAAGAAGGUGUUUGAGCGUCAGCUGCGCUUGGCUGUAACCAUGCAGAAGCCUCUGGUGAUCCACUGUAGGGACGCAGACGAUGACCUGCUGGAGAUCAUGAAGAAGUGUGUCCCAAGGGAUUAUAAAAUCCACAGACACUGUUUCACUAACAGUUAUCCAGUGAUCGAGCCCUUUCUGACAGAGUUCCCUAACCUGUAUGUGGGCUUCACAGCACUGAUCACCUACCCCAGUGCCACUGCGGCCCGUGCUGCAGUCCGCCAGAUCCCUCUGAACCGAAUUGUGUUGGAGACAGACGCCCCAUAUUUCCUGCCCAGAGGGGUCUGUAAAGAUGUCUGCCAGUUCUCUCAUCCUGGAAUGGGCAUCCACACGCUGCGGGAGCUGAGCCGUCUGAAGAAGGAAGACAUGUCCACUGUCCUCGCUACUGUCCGAGAAAACACCUCUCAGCUCUACGGCAUAUGAAGCUCAGAUGAGGAGGAUAAAAAAAAAAAGAGCAGCUAAGACAAGACAGAAUCUGUGUUUUUGGCGCAAACAUGUCAUGUGACUUUUAGUUCAAGAUACACCAUCCUCUGAUGUGGAGAAUUUAAAAGAUGGUGGAUCAGUCUCAUUUUAGACAAGCUUAUCUUGAGUGUUAUAAAAGAAGGGGUAAAAGAAGAAACAUUACUGAUCUAAAUGUGUCUUAGCAAUAUUGUGUAUGAUAGUUUUCUUGAUAUAUUUAAUGUCAAUGUUCAUCUCUAAUUUAAUUCCUAAGCAUUUUGUGUUGAAUGUUAAUAUUCUUGCUGUGUUGGGGUAAUUUAACAUCCCUUUAACUUGUUCUAAUUUGUCUGGAUGUAAUUUUUUUGCUGAUGCUGUCUAGUUGUCUGUAGUUUGAUAAAUUAGACACAUAUUAAGAGUUGAAUGUUUCCUCUUAA